AUGGAGGCAGGUUUGAGUAGCAUGUCUGCCAUAGCACCACUAGUAUUUGAUGGAGAGAACUACCAUGCAUGGGCUGUAAAGAUGGCAGCCUACAUGGAAGGCAGUGAUUUGUGGGAAGCAAUAGAGCAGAAUUAUGAAGUAACCUCUCUUCCUGACAACCCAACCAUGAAUCAAAUCAGGUAUCACAAGGAGAGAACCACCAGAAAAGCUAAGGCAAGGUUAUGUCUUUAUGUCGCAAUUUCUCCUAUUUUCACUAGAAUCAUGAGACUUGUUUCUGCAAAGGAAAUUUGGGGUUUUCUUAAAGCUGAAUAUGAAGGAGAUGAGAAAGUUAGAAGCAUGAAAGUGUUGAAUUUAAUGAGAGAGUUUGAGAGACAGCGGAUGGAUGAGAGUGAGUCUGUGAAUGAAUAUUAUGAAAAGUUGAUAAAUAUAACAAAUAAAAUCAGGAUUCUUGGGUCAAAGAUGAAGGAUGAGAGACUUGUGCAUAAAAUUUUGGUGUCUUUGCUAGAAAAAUUUGAAGCAACCAUAGCUUAUCUGGAAAACACCAAGGAUCUGUUUGAUAUUAAGUUGGCUGAGUUGCUAAGUGCUCUCCAAGCACAGGAGCAGAGAAGAAAUAUGAGGUGCAAAGGAACUUUGGAGGGAGUAAUGCAGACCAGGCUAAAGAUUAAUGCUAGAGAGAAAGGAAAGAAGUGGCAUAAUCAGAAGGGAAAUGCAGAAGAUUCAAAAGCACAAGUGAGGGAAAGAAGUUGCAGUGGAGUUGAUCAAAAAGAAAAAGGAAAGCAAUAUGCUAGUUACUCUCCCUGUCAACACUGUGGGAAGAAGGGAUACCCUUCUUUUAAGUGUUCGAGAAAGCCAAAUGUAAAGUGUAGAAGCUGGGGCAUAUUGAGAAAAUUUUUAGAGAAAGUGGUCAGAGGCAAGGAGGAGAAGCUCAAGUGGCAGUCAGGAGGUUGA